GUUAUCGAAGCAGUUCUGUGGCGCCUGACCUUAAUCCACCGAGAUAUUUUUGUGGCAGACACAACUACGGCUGAAAUGGUAAAGCGACAUUCCAGCACUCGCUUGCUUUGGUCAGGAGAGAAUUUCACCCAGAUUUCUAAAAUAUUUAUACCCAUGAACAAGUCUGGAAAUCACUAGACACUUCUGGUUAGGACCUUACGAUAAUAAUCUUUUUGAAUAACGCACUUAAAUCAAGAACCUUUUAACUGGACUUUGCAUUAUAAAUAAAUCUUUAAGCGCUCUCUUGCUUAUGUUUUAAAGGUUCUGGAUCGAAGCAGAAAACCAGAUAUUAUUUCGAUCCCAUGAAUGGGCGUGUACACACCAUUUUGAGCACCUCAGUUCCUAAGAGCAAACUGAUAGAACUGAUCGAUGACAUCAGGUGAAAUAUUUUCAACUCAAUGUUUUCCUUUUUAUUUUGAUGCAUGCAGACAAAACAUACUUAUGUAAUUGCUGUAUUUUGUUUGACUCUGCAGUGCCGCUGCUGAUCUCAAAACGGGAUGGAAUUGCAAGUCAUGGCUAUGUGUUGAAUCACUACAUUACACACAGACCGAUAGUUAUAACUGUGGUGUGAUUGUAUGUCUUGUGAGUAGCAUAAUCACUUGCUAAAGCUCACUUUAAUAGGACUGCUUCCUGGUUUCGAAUGUAUUAAAUUUCUCUUUGUUUGUUUUAAGUUUGCUCGGUGUUUGUGUGAGGGGUUGGAUAUCAAUGGAAGUUACGAUGUGGACAUGGAAAGGGAAAGAAUAACGUAUUAUAAAUAAUCAUAUUUGGCUCGUGUUAUGAUGACCUUGAUUGGUAAGUUUUGAUGGUGUCAAAUACCAUUGUUUCUUAAACGCCGCACGUAAGUAUUAAAACAAGGAGCGACCUAAAACCACCUAAAACCACCUAAAACCAUCUAAAACCACCUACAACCACCUACAACCAUCUACAACCACCUCAAAAAUUUCAACAACCACCUAAAAACAUCUACAACCACUCGCAAACUAUCUAAAACUAUCUAACACAAGGCAUAAAUGUCUAAAAUAAGGCGAAACGACAACAUGUCACGUACACGAAAUACGAGAAUCGAACGAAACCUCUACCUCCCCCUGAAAUCUUACUCUCCCUGGUCCCAUGUAUAAUCAACCAUCUCACGAAAUGAAAUGCGAUAGCAUGCUAAUUAUUUUAUAUUCCCUCAGCAAAAGACUUAAAGAACUUUACAAAAUGAAGUAACAUGUUACAAAAAAUAAUACAUUGGGAAUCAUACAUAGGCGCGCGUAUAUAUGGAAGUUUUUGUAAUCAUGAUUCAAAGCAUUUUCCAUCUUAAGAGUCAGCGCCAACGCACUCUACGAUUGUUAUUCGAGGAUUGUCGAUUCAUUUAUUUGCAUUCAUUAAUGAGGUCGGAUUUUCUUCCCAGAAAAGGGCUAUUGUGUUUAUAUGAUAAACAAAAUAAUACAUGGUUGCUUGUAGAUAUGGAAUUUCUCUUCUCAUGUUCAACUCGACAUCUCACUCGUUCACUGCGCUCACUCGUGAGCUAUCGAGUUAAACACUCGAAGAUUAAUUCCAUAUCUACGCGCGCCCAUGUAGUAUUCCCUAAUUAUUAUAUUUUGUAACUUGUUAGUUCAUUUUGUAAAGUUCUUUAAGUCUUUUGCUGAGGGAAUAUAAAUAGAGAUUUCGUUCGAUUCUCGUAUUUCGUGUACGUGACAUGUUGUCGUUUCGCCUUAUUUUAGACAUUUAUGCCUUGUGUUAGAUAGUUUUAGAUAGUUUGCGAGUGGUUGUAGAUGUUUUUAGGUGGUUGUUGAAAUUCUUGAGGUGGUGGUAGAUGAUUGUAGGUGGUUGUUGAAAUUCUUGAGGUGAUUGUAGAUGGUUGUAGGUGGUUGUAGGUGGUUGUAGGUGGUGUAUGUGGUUUUAGGUGGUUUUAGGUGGUUUUAGGUGGUUUUAGGUCGUUCCUUGUUUUAGUACUUACGAAACGCCGCAACACUCUCUUUGACGUCCCAUAUCUUUUGGUCAAUUAUAGGAGAAAUACCGCGGUCUGUAAGAUUUGCAAAGACGACGAUGGAGAGGAUUGGCUUGGGUGCGAUAGCUGUGGCCAGUUUUUCCAUGCAAGUUGUCUGGAUGUGCCUUUCGCGGAGACGCUUACUCAACAUUUCACCUGCCCUUAGGGUGGCUUCUCGUCAGUACAAGUAGAGUUUAAAUUUUAAAGCUGACUAUAACAAUGAACCAGAUGAUGAACUUAAUGUCAUGUACAGACCUUAAUUUGUAAGAUAAGAAAUACAGUCCUUGGUAGUCAAUUAAGAUAGAUUUUCACGAGCGUCAAUGGUGCAGAAUCGUAACUUGAUGGAGCCAACAGUGGAGAACAUUCCAGAAUUCAAACUUUGUGAUUUUUUUCUCGGCUUAAACGCUAAGUCAGUUGUUCAAUUGAAUAGGAAGAAAAACAUUUCGAACGGAAAACAGAAUUAUUUGCACGUGUGGAUCUUUUGAGAAAAGGUCUCCUAAACAAGUGGUCUUGAUUAUAAAUAUUUAAGGAAUGGUAAAUACAUUAGCCUUAACAUGGCUGUUUCUCGAAGCUCAGUGUUUUCCUACUUGCCUUUUUUCCACGUGAAUUGGGGGCGAUUGAAUAGAUAUAAUAUGCAGUAAAAGAACUUCAGCUAAUAGAAAUUUUAAAUUUCUCAUCUUAGGCUGUGGAUACAAAAUUCAAGUGAAAAGGAAGCCAACUGUGAUUAAUGCUUUGAACAAGUCAAGAUACGUUUUUUUCGUCACACAACAAGUUACAUAACGUUAAUAUCAUUCUUCUUGAUGUCUUUCCCGG